GACCUUCUCGGUUGUCUUUCCUCCCAAACUGUUUUGUCCUUUGACCUGCCCUCGGCUGCCAACUCUCAGUUUUCCCCCUCGCUCCAGCUCUCAGGAAGCUCCCGGCGCCCAGAUCCCUGGAAGGAGAGAGAGAGAGAGAGAGAGGGAUUUUUUUUUAAUUAUUUGUUUUUUUUAGUGGGGGGGUGGCUGGGUGGACAGAGAGAUGGCCAUGGCCGCCAGUGACUGGGGAGACCCUCGGGACGACAGCAAGCCUUAUCCCCACAACGGCGGCGAGGAGUCCCUGGAGAGUCCGGCUCCAUCCUCCUCCCAGACCGGGGGCAGUGAGCCCGAGCUGGGCGAGCCGGACAGGCAGGGGCUCCAGGUGGACUGCGUGGUUUGUGGGGACCGGGCCAGCGGCAAGCACUACGGCCAGUUCACCUGCGAGGGUUGUAAGAGCUUUUUCAAGAGGAGCAUCAGGCGAAACCUCUCGUACACCUGCAGGUCCAACCGAGACUGUCAGAUUGACCAGCAUCACAGGAACCAGUGCCAGUACUGCAGGCUCAGGAAAUGUUUCAAAGUCGGCAUGAAACGAGAAGCUGUCCAACGAGGAAGAAUUCCACCAGCCCAAGCAAACCCUGGGGAGCUUUCGCUGUCGAGUGGAGAUCAUUUGAAUGGGGGCAACAUCUCAGGACUUAUCUCUCUCCUGUUGAGAGCAGAGCCGUACCCCACGUCUCGCUUCAGCACCCAAUGCACUCAGUACAACCUCAUGAGCAUAGACAACAUCUGUGAGCUGGCAGCAAGGCUGCUCUUCAGUGCGGUGGAGUGGGCCAGGAACAUCCCUUUCUUCCACGAGCUGCAAAUCUCUGACCAGGUGGCCCUGCUGCGACUGAGCUGGAGUGAGCUGUUUGUCCUGAACGCUGCCCAAUCUUCCCUCCCUCUCCACAUGGCUCCACUCCUGGCUGCUGCCGGCCUCCAUUCCACGCAGAUGUCUGCAGACCGGGUGGUGAGCUUCAUGGACCAGAUUCGAAUCUUCCAGGACCAGGUGGAGAAGCUCAAGGUUUUACAGGUCGACUCUGCUGAAUACAGUUGCCUGAAGGCCAUUGCCCUCUACACUCCGGAUGCUUCCGGUCUCUCCGAACCCGCCCACAUCGAGAGCUUGCAGGAGAAGGUUCAGGAAUCUCUGGCUGAGUACGUGCGCUGUCAGUAUCCACCACAGCCCCAGCGUUUCGGGAAACUGCUCCUGCGGCUCCCAGCGCUACGAGCUGUGCCAGCCUCCCUCAUUGGACAACUCUUCUUCAUGAGGCUGGUGGGGAAGACCCCCAUCGAAACCCUAAUCAGAGACAUGCUUCUGUCUGGAGGUUCCUUCAACUGGCCUUACAUGCCAACUCAGUGACAAGCCUGAUUAGCAUCAGUCUCUGACGGGUUCAAUGCUUGUAUUGGGCACUGCCAAGGACGCCACUUGGCAUGCGUGAGAUUAAUGGGAUCAGUUGACUUCAGGCACUAACAGGAUCCUGGGAUGCAGUAUUUAAAUUAGUACAGUUUUUUUUUCGUUUGCUUAAAGAGAUUGAGGCAUAACUCGAGAAUAUUUCAUAAAAUGGAAAUGGGCCCUGUUCCUGAACAAUAAGACAUCACAAGUUGCGAUGUUGAGAGUUGUGCCCCCGAGCAAGGAUACGGAUGAAAGUCAGCCAGUGCUCCUGAUCCUGAUGACUGUCCAUUGACUUCAAUGGAAGAUACCUGGGUACAGUUGAACAGAAGAUUGGCUGUGUUGCGCCAGGCUGAAUCUACCGAACUCACCAUCUUGGUUCACUCACGAAGAAUGGUCAAGUGAGGGAGCUACUGGAGGCCACCAAUACCCAUCACUAUAUCUCAGAGUGCUUCAGCCCCUUCAGGAAAGAUGGGGAGCAAACCUGAAGGAAAAUUUGAAAACAACAUCUCAUGGAUUGGAUAUGAUUGAAGAAAUGGGUAAUCUCUGCUUCAUUAGAAUCUCACCAUUGACAAGCUUCAACUGUAUUGUAAAGAAGUGUACAGUGUUUAACUGUGUACCAUUUAUGUGCAUUGCACCCAACAUGGUGAUGUUUGGGAGCAGUAUUGGAAGGGGACUGGGUUCCUCACUGUUUAACUUGUAAAGUCUUUCAAGCACUCCAAGGUCACCUCUUAGUGUCCUCCUUAUAUUAUCCCAAUGCCCUCUGGACCUCGCUAACCUUGUGGAGCACUUCACAAAUUUCCAAAUACACAAGGUUUUCACGCCGAGAGCAUCAUUAGACCAAGGAGACAUGUUACCACAAGGAACAGCUACUAUAGCAUUGUUUAAAACGCAAUUGGAGAAGUUUUUCAAAAUAAAAAAACACAUGCAAAGAUACAAAGAAGAAGCAAUGAAGUGGAAUUCAUUUAAGACCUUGCACUGGCAGAUUGUGGUGGGAUUGAAGAGUUAUUACCUGUGCUGUAAUAUUUUAUAAUUCCAGCCAACUUGCUGGAAUCUCCUUUACCACACAUCCUUUGUUGAGCUCAGCAUUGCAAGGCCAAGAGUCACCUGGCAAAAUCUAGUCUUGAUGUUGUACAGUAUUCAUUGGCAACUGGAUUCAUGUGAGUGUAUCUUUUAACUGUAACUUCUAGUUUGUGUGGCAUAGCUCCUGAUCUUCUGCGUGUGAUGUUGCAAUGUUGCAAUAAAAUAUAU